CUCUGUUUAUAAGCGCGGCGCAGCACGACACGCCUCUCUCUCUCUCUCUCUCUCUCUCCCACCGGAGAAGAGGAAGAAGAAGAAGCCAAGAAGGAGAGAUUUUUUCUCGCGCCGCGGCGGCGAAGAGGAGGCGGAGCAGCUGCAGCGCCAGCUCUGUUUUGUCUGCGUGCCGGCGCGCCGCCGCCCAUGGAGAGCCGCAAGGAGGAGCAGCAAGGAGGGGGAGGGGGAGGGGGAGGGGCGGUGGGGUGGAUGACGGUGCCGGCGUUCGGGGAGUGGGACAUGAAGAACGGCGCCGUGCCGGACUACUCCAUGGACUUCUCCAAGAUCCGGGAGAUGCGCAAGCAGAACAAGCGGGAGCUCUCCCGGGCCAGCCUCGGCGGCGACGAGGAACUCCUCGCUCAACAACAGAAGGCUGCGCCGCAGCCCGCCCCCAACGCCACCGCCGCCGUUGACGACCACCGCCGGCCGCUCCACGCCGCCCACGAUGACUCACCCACGGGAAGGAAGAAGUUCCUUAGCUAUUUCCAGUGUUGUAUUAGAGCCUGAUGAAGAAUUGUGACCCCUCCUGCGCAAAUAGCUCUUAGGUUUCUUGGGUACUGUAAAGUUUGCAUAAUGUGUUAAUCCCCCACCUGUUCUGUAAUCUGUUGCUCUUUUGAGAGAGAGAAAAGGGACAGAUUUGUGGACAAUGAAAAGCGUAUUUGUUCA